UUGCCAUACAUCUCCCCUGACCCGAAAAAACACAAAAUUCACAUAAACGAAAAAAAAAACAACGUCGAAAUGGAGGGAGGAGGUGCCGCGGCCCAGCAGGACGACACGGAGAUGGAAGAGGCGCCAUCAGACCCUCAGCAGCCACCGACGGCUCCUCAGGCGGCGGGUAUCGAGAACAUCCCGGCGACGUUGAGUCAUGGGGGACGAUUUAUUGAGGACAACAUAUUUGGGAACAUAUUUGAAGUGACGGCGAAGUAUAGGCCGCCUAUUAUGCCCAUCGGGAAGGGCGCAUACGGCAUCGUUUGUUCGGCGUUGAAUUCGGAGACAAAUGAACAUCUGGCAAUAAAGAAGAUAGCAAAUGCAUUCAAUAAUAAGAUUGAUGCAAAGAGGACUCUUCGUGAGAUCAAGUUGCUUCGACACAUGGAUCAUGAAAACGUCAGUGAUUUGGCAGCGGAGUUUGAAAGUUAAGUACACAAACAGCAACACAGCUAUAGAAAUGGAGAAAAUAUUAAGAAUUUUGAAGAAUAAACUAUUAGAUCAUCUGCUUCACAACCUUGGGUCUCAUCAUGCCGCUAUGGCAUCAUAAACUUAUUGUAAUGAUAAGAGGAAUGUGAAGCUGGCAGGGCAACAAUGUAAGCAAAGGAAAUCUACUGAAGCAGCAUGUGAUCAGUUCUGAAAGUGGUAAGACAUUUCCAAAUGGAUAAAAAUUCUUAUAAAUAUUAAGAUCUUUGUGAUGAUGACAAAGCUUAUGUCUUUUCAACAGGAUUAAAGAAAGCCAAAAAAAAAAAAAACCUCAAAAAAUUUAAGUUCACUAACACGAAACAGCUAGUGACUUGGAGAAAAUCUAAAAAGGGUUAAUGCCACAAACCACUAGAUCAUUGCUUCACAGAUUUGGGGCUUCAUCAUGUCACCAUGUCAAAAAAUGCAGUGGCAGGGUGUUACAGACCUGGAUUUCUGUUUUGGAGCUGCUCUUCACUGCUGCUGGAUUAGUGGUAUCAUGAUGUUUGCUUGAGAUUUUAAUGUGUUUAGGGAUGAAAUAGAUGCUGAAGAUGUGGUGCUGCGUUGGCUCUUCCUUGCUGCUGCACUCCUGUUACUGGACUAGUACUGGAAAAGAAAUCUGGAAUUUACGUAUUAUAGUUACUGUUGUAUUGAAUGAUAAAUGUACUUAAAUAUCUUAACAAUAUUUGUAAACUGAUACUUGUAUUGAAAAGAUUUUCCAGAAUUACAAUAAAAGUACAAUUGGUCCA